UAAAAUUGAGUCAUUCAUGCAGGUUCUGAGUGGGAAAUCACUUCUCGAAUUAUCCAGGGUCUGGUUGAGUGUUUGGACCUAAAUAAAGCUCCUUAGAGGAGAACGUCACUGAGAAACGUCUUCAUAGAUUAAUAUUUAAAACUAUCAGGAGCCGCUGAUUGUUUGGAGAUGUUAAGCAUUUCAAAAGUCAAACAGUUUUUUUCUUUUCUUUUCUUUUCUUACAUAAUGACGCUUCACAUCCCUGCAAAACUGACUCCCACGUCCAGUCCGGCGGAUUAUUAUUAGGAGUCGUUAAACUAAAUAUAACUGGCUUCGGUCGGCUGUCAUCGCGUCACAAUAAGUGAGAUUAUCCCGCGGAGUUUUCUCUGAGAGGUGUCGGGUUUGGUUUGAGGGGGCUAUAAAAGGAGGGGCGACAGCAAGUGGCUGGCACUCAUCACCCAGAGACCGCGGAGGUUUGAGAUGCUUAGAAGCUGCGGGUUUGACCCUCAAACAGCUGUCUGCCUUCAUCCGCAUGAAAAGUUAAGGGUUUUCUUUUCCUUUCGAAGGAAGAGGAAACAUCUUGGAUGCGCUGCACCCUCAGGUCUUAAUCGCCACAAUGGCUCUUUGGUGUAACGCCUGCAAAUGUCCCGUCAGCUCUCCGUGCACAUCCCACCAUCCGCCCGGAGAUCAGCGCCCUUCCGCCUGCAAGAGGUUCAGGUCCACUAAAGGAGCCUCCAAAGCCCGGAGAGACCACAUCAACCAUGAAAUCAGGAAUAUGCGCUCUCUGCUCCCCAUCAGCCAGGAGGACCAGGAGCGCCUGUCGUACCUUCACUCCAUGGCCGCCAUCUGUACCUACAUCCGCAAAUCUGUCCUCUUCCAGGGGCUCCCGGCUGGGGAACGAUCCCAGAGCGCUCUGCAGUACGAGGCCUUCCUGGACGCUCUGCACGGAUUCAUCCUCGUCACCACGGCUCAAGGCAGACUGGUUUAUGUGUCGGAAAAUGUGGCCGAAUACCUCGGCCUGUCCAUGAUAGAUGUUCUACAAGGAGACACAAUCUAUGACUUAGUGGAACAAUCUGAUGUGGAUAUUAUUCGCUCCAACCUCAACAUGGAAAGCAACUUAUUUUCAGAGAGGAGCUUUGUGUGUUGCAUGGUGGCCUCCAAGGCCUUUAAGCUGCAGUUUGGAAGCUGCUGCUCCAUGCUGGUCAGAGGAAGCUUCCAGUUCUUCCCUCAGCCCUCGUCUGCAGCCGGCCCCACCGUCCAGCCUUUGUUUGUGGCCCUCUGCACCCCCACGGUGAAUCGCUUGACCGGCGCCGACUCUCACUUCUCCCACAGGUUCAGCAGCACCCACAGGCUGGACAUGAGCUUCACUCAGCUCUCAGACAGUGUUUUAUACUAUUUGGGGUAUUCAAGGGAGGAAAUGAUCAACCGAUCAUGGUACAGCCUCUUGCAUCCUGAAGACCUGCCAUUGGCUGCAACUUCUCAUAAAAGUUUAAUGCAGGCAGAAGAUGGCUUCCAGGUGGAGAUGAUCCUGAGGCUCCAGAGCACAGAUCUGUCAUGGACCUGGAUCUAUAUCCGAGCUAACAAGGACCCAGAGUGCCAGAGCAUCAGCUGCACUAACUACAUCAUCAGCGAAACCGAGGCCAAAUUUCUGCAGAAGAAAAUCAGCAGCGCUGCCUUCAAGCCGCCGUCUGUGCCAAAUUGCCUCUACUUUGCUCCAGAGGUGCCUCAGAGUCGGAGCGUCAGCAUUAAAAGGCGGAGGAUGUGUGGCAGCCAGAGUGAGGAGCUUGGAACCAGAACAAGAACGGAGUCUGAGGAAGACAUUUACUGUGCGUUUUGCCCGUCCUCCCAGGGUAACGGCUCCCCUGUUCCCCUGGGUGAGAGCCCCACGCUGUUCACCCCUCCCUACAGCCCAGCAUCGUCCAGCUCCACUCUGCAGCCGGAGGAGCUGAACUCUGACCUCCUGAUGGAUGUUCAUGCAUGUGAAGAUCAGCUGCCAACCUCUCCUGACGCCUCUCCCUCCUACUACUCCUACCAGGACACUGGACUCUCCUGUCAUCAAUCACCUGCUGACUCUUUACUCACAGCCGCUCACCAAGUGUUUGAACACAGAGACGUUGACCUGUUCACCGGCAGCUCCCCGCACUCCUCUUCGUCCUCAUCUAUAUCUCCAAACUAUGAUUUCCAGGCUUGUCCAGCAGACGCUCGAUUGGUUCCAGACUGUUACUUCGUGUCAGAAACAUGCGAGAGCCAAGGAGAGAGCGCCUCCCUGCAUCCGGACGACUUCAACCUUCUGGACGAUCCACAAGGGGGCAGUCUGGUUCAGCUUCAUCAGGUGCCCCAACAAGAACUUCUCAUGCAUUCCAGCAUUCUGACUCCCACCCAGUCUCCAGUGGAGGCAGAGCCGAACCUCUAUGACGAGAGGGAGCAGGUGGCCAUCAGCAUCCUGGCCCAGCAGAUCUCCUCUCUUGCCAGCAGCUUCAAUCUGCACCGCAGCCUGAAUCCUCUACAAAACGCGACGCCGGCAGCCAACCCUGACUGGCUCCAAGGCUCCCCUCUUCCUUUAGACCUUCUCCCAAAGCAGGAGCAGGUUUAUGAUGACUGCACGCUGGACAACAUCCUCAAAGACUUGAACGUGGUCUCUAGGAAAAGUAGUCCGUCCAGUCCUGAUGUUGUUUCCUGCAGCUACCAGCAGGGCCUCGUUUCAGGAGAGCCGGUCAGCUCAGGCAGCUUCACCAUAUAUCCCUUCAAUAUGCAGCUGGGAAACCAAGGCAGAAAUACUGGGUUGCAUCAACUCAACCACUACAUGCAGAGGAGCCUCCAGCAAGAUGGACUUGCUGAGGAGAACUUGUACUAAAAUAAGUCUGUGACUUACUGUGCUAACACCCGUAUGACAUAUUGUCAGGGCAACCCUCCUACGAUGGAUUCAAAGAGAGAGAAAAAUGGACGUCAGCGCUUAGAUGCUGUUUACUUUACCAAAAUAAGCCGAGAUAAAUUGUCCUGUUCUGUCAGCUCUGUUGUAACUCCUCCAAGCACUGCUGUCGGGUGUGUUUUAUGUUUUGCUGAUGUCUUUUAUUCUUAGAAAAAUAAAGGUACUUUGUAAUAAUACUUCUGACAGGAAUUACACACUGAAAUCGAGGUAUAUGUGUCAUUUAAUACUAAGUGACCACAGUUUACUAUUGAGCACUUUAUCAAAGUCACCGACCGAAGAAUUUCAUAACAGAGGAGAUAGAAACUGGUACCUUGAUUUAACCAGGAUAAGCUUUAACACAUUAAUCAUCCCUUAUAGUAAAGAACCAGCUAUUGUUACUUUCCAGGUGCCUUAAAACUGGUCAUAAAGAUGUAAUUUCUUAGACUGAUGUUUGCCGAUUUGAUGCAAAAGUGACUUAAAGUUUUCAUGCUGUCAGGGAUACAAGUAAACCAGCAGCAGCAGAACAGAUAUAAUGAUUGUAAAUGCAGCUUCUACCUCAGUGGAAAAGCUCAACACAUUCCAAGUUUGUAUUUAUUCUGUUUUACUUUCUUCUAUUUAUCUACAGUGUAAUGUUUAUUCUGUGUAUGUCUUUCUUUUCUCCCGUGAUACUGGAUCCCUGUAUGUUUCUCUGUUCAGAGAUGUAAAUAAAUCACAUGGAAAACACA